AUGGCAAGUUUUGAAAAACUAUAUGGUUUUCCACAAGUAGUUGGAGCAGUUGAUGGAUGUCACAUUAGAAUAAAGGCUCAUAAAAAUUCAGAGGAUUAUAUAAACAGAAAAGAUUAUCACUCCAUUAUAUUACAGGGGUUGGCAGAUAGCAAGUACUUAUUCAGAGAUAUUUUUGUUGGGUGGACUGGCAAGUCUCACGAUUCAAGAGUUUUUAAAAAUUCUCCUUUAUAUAAAGAGUGUCUAGCCAGAACCUUUUUACCAAAUAACUUAAACAAAAUAAUUGAUAAUAUAGAAAUUGGUCCUCUUAUUCUCGGUGAUUCAGCUUAUUCCCUUGAAAAUUGGCUUAUGAAACCCUACUCAGAUCGUGGAAAUUUAAGUAUAGAAGAAGCCAAGUUUAACGCUUCACUAAGUAAGUGUAGAGCUGUAAUAGAGAAUGCAUUUGGAAGAUUGAAAGGUCGAUUUCAAUGUCUUUUAAAAAGAUUAGAUACAACAGUUGAACACACAGUCAAUAUCGUUACAACAUGUUGUAUUCUACAUAAUUUCUGUACUUUGACAAAACAAAAUUUUUUAAAUGAAUGGAUUAAACAAACAGAAAUUGACUUAGUAAACCCUCUAUUAAACCACAGUUGCAUUGAAAUUGACAAUAAAGCAGAGUUUAUAAGGAGUGCUAUAAAAAAACAUUACUUUACAAGUAAUUAG